AUGGAUAACAAAAUAUGCAGCUUCUUUGUCGCUGGACGGUGCUUGAACGGGGAGACAUGUCGCUUCCAACAUCCUGAUACGGUCCCCAUCCCUCUCUCUCUCAAACACAAAGUGGAACCUAGCAGCAGCUCGCAGUCUGGCGGCUCUGUUCCCAAAGCAAAGAUACCUUGCAAGUUUCAUCUCCAAGGCACAUGUACCAGGGGAGACUUCUGUAUCUUUGAUCAUUCAAACCCGACUACAGCCACAGCCACAGCCACAGCCGUCCGCCCCGUGUCCAGGGACACUAGGUCGAGCAUACCAGAGCAUGAUGAAACCAAACUACCAAGGAACAUCGGAGGGGCCACUGUGGUCUUUGCAGAAGGGGCUUCUGUUUCGACAAUCUCUUUGAUUUCAGACUUCUCCGCCGUGUCCACAUCCGAGCUAUCCCAACAUACAUCCGUUCAAGAUAUAAUGGACCUCUUGAGAAGCGUGGGAUUUCCUCAGGUAACUCCCGAUUGUAUUCGCUUCAAACAAAUUCUGGAAAAGAUCCACAAGACAGCUAUAAUUAAAGUCCCAGAUCCAGACUUUGCAAACAAGCUUCUCCAGCGCCUUGGGAAUACCCCUGUCCGUCUCGGGGAUGUGCAAGGUCACAUUUCGAAAAUGCAACUUGGAGGGGAGACAGAAUCUGGAAUGAACCGGCUCCAACUCACUGGCGUUACGUGUUCAUGGUUCAAUCCUUCCAAGGUGGCUUAUCUCCAAUAUGAGUCGGAUUGGACAGCAAAGCUGGCACUCGAACGCAUCAGGAACCUGGACUCAAACCAGCUCAUGGGACGGAAGCUCGAUGUCACAUAUCAACCAGUCCGGUCCUUGCAAGUAGGCAAUCUCGACCUGAACACGAAUGAAGCGGUACUCCGACGCUUUCUUCCUUCUCCACAGCCCAUUAGGGUGACUUGGGGACCUCGAUCCCACAGGCUCACUGCAAAACAGCUAGAGAAAAGAGUCAUCAUGCAACUUCAAUCUCACGGCACUCUCAUAGAAGAGUGUACCCCCAGUUCCCAGAAGGGCGGAAGUAGAACGAAAAUCAUCGCCAAGUUCAGCGAAGCAGAGGCAGCCCGUAAUGCGGUCAAGAGGAUGCACGACACCCGUCUCGAUCCCGAAUCUAAUGAUAAGAUGCAAGUCACUCCUCUCGUGUCCAUCAAGUUGUCAGUCUCGUCGCGAAUCCUAGCAGCCAUUCGACCACAGCUCGAACCUCUUGUUGACCAAACUUGGCGAACGAAUUACGUCCAGAUUAAAAGCUACGAGGCUCUGGGCAAAAAAUACGCUCAAGUCCGCAUUUUUGGCCAGUCCAGGGAACCAGUUGCCAAGGCAAAGUCGGCUGUGGAGAAGCUGCUUGCUGGCCAGAUUGCCACGGACGGAAAUAGCCCGAUCACAGACGCGUUCUACUUCCGCCCUUGGUCAAAGAGCUUUCUGGACGACCUCGGAGCCAAACAUGGUGUUUUCAUACACCAGGAUCUACGUCGCUCGGUUCUCAGACUAUACGGGAAUGCGACGGGUAUCGCACACGUCGAACGCGCACUGGUAGCGAAAUGUGCAGAACUCAAGGAGCAUUCCCACACGGUCAUUCUGGAUCCUGCGGCUCUGGCUUUUGCCCUCAAAGGCGGAUUCCGAAAAAUUGUCGCCGCUCUGGGAAAGGACAAGGUGAAGCUAGAUAUCAUCAGCAACCCGAAGCGAAUCAUCGUCCAAGGCUCCACGCAAGACGUACUCCAGAUACAGGAAAUCCUCACAUCGCGCGCAUCAUCUCCUCCAUUGGACACACUAAUCGCCGGGCUCUCCCUCAACGACGACGACUCGGAGCUGUGCUGCCCCGUCUGCUUCACCCCGCCAGAAGCGCCUAUCAAGACAUCCUGCGGCCACAUUUAUUGCAGCUCCUGCCUCGUCUCGCAGUGCACGACAGCCGAUUCAUUUCCACUCAGAUGCCUCGGCUCGGGCGCCAUGUGCAGCACUCGGAUCCCUCUUUCCGGCGUGAAGAGCGUGCUUUCAGGGCCUGAAUACGACACGCUCCUGCAAACAUCGCUGACGUCGUACCUGCGCAGCGUCGCCACGGAAUUCCAAUACUGCGCCACCCCGGACUGCGACCGCUUCUACAGAGUCUCAAGCAAAGAGAGCCCGCGGACUUUUGACUGCGACGGCUGUCUCGGCUCCGUGUGCACGAGCUGCCAUUGCACUACGCACGACGGGCUCACGUGUGCAGCUAACAAAGCGCUGGCCAAAGCGGCAUUGGACGGAGACGCAGAACUCGCGAGGUGGAAGAAAGAGAAUGAUGUGCGAGACUGUCCCAGGUGCGGCGUGCCGAUUGAGAAAUCGUAUGGUUGCAACCACAUGGAAUGCAGCGCGUGCCGGAUCCACAUCUGCUGGUUCUGCAUGGAGACGUUUGGUACUGGGAGAGAGACAUAUGCACACAUGGGGCAGGCACAUGGCAGCUUUCAGUAA